CUUUGUGCUUAUUGAUAAGACUCCUUGGAAGAAGAGGACCUGCGACGUUAUUGCAGACGUGCAGCCUGUGAGCUGGGCUGAGGGACGCGUCACGGUUAAAGAGACCCACUGGAAAAAGACACGUCAAUUGGAUUGGAUUUUAAUGGACAUCCUUGGAAUAAUUGAAACUUUACUUACUUUCUAAGUGUCCUGGAUAGCUUUUGUUUGGUGAAGUUUGUGACUUGGAAAUGUAAAUUAAUUAAAUGUAUUGCGCUUUUUAGCCGAAAUGCACGCUUGUGCGCAAGGUGAACUAAAUAGAGAAGACUGAAGAAAUUAAUUAAAACUCAGGGUUCUUUUUUGUCCAGGACGGUGGAGCUUCUUCUUCUUCUACUACUUUUUCUUUUUAACAAGGGGGACUUCAAAGUUGCGUGCCGCUGACCCAACACGAGCGCUUUUCUUCUCCUUCUUCUUCUUCUUCGGAUAUCUCUGCUGCAGAAACACAGUGUGGACAGACCGGCUACGCGCGCGCAGUUCCACAGGGCGAGCCGCUUUCCCCCCGCGCGCAGUGCUGAGCAGAGAGGGACCUCGCGCCUCCAUAAAUGCCCGGUCCGAGGCUCGAGGCUGGGCAGCAAGAUGAGCUCGUGGGUACAGCUGCUGCUCGCGGUGCUGGCGGCGUGUCUGCAGUUUGGCGUAACCGAGGGGGAACCUCUGCCUGCAGCCCUGGUGGAGCUGGUUAGAAACAGCCCCAUCUCGUCCAUAGAGGACCUCCAGCUGCUGCUGCUCUCUGACUCCGUAGAUGAGGAGGAGGACGGGACUUCUGCAGCCAAUGGAGGUCACAGACUACCAAGGAGCCUCGAUGCCCAGCCAGCUCAGCAGGCUUUGUGUAAGGUUCGUACCGAGGUGGUCGAGGUCACCAGGGCCAUGUUGGACCGCAGCAACGCUAACUUCCUGCUAUGGCCGCCCUGUGUCGAGGUGCAGCGCUGCUCUGGAUGCUGCAACACCAAGAGCCUGCAGUGUGUCCCCGUCGUCACGCACACUAGAUACUUGCAGGUCAUGAAAAUCGAGUACAUCAACAAAAGACCCACUUACGCUAAAGCAGUGGUGUCAGUGGUUGAUCACGUGGAGUGCCGGUGUCAGCCCGCUCCACGCCCCCCUGCGCCCAAGAAAAAAUCAUCUCGCAGACAGCAUAACCACCAGCAUCGAAACCAGACACUCAGCCACGGACACGGACAGGUCAAGGUGCACUCCAAGGAUGAACUCCACCAGUGGGAUGAGCUGAAGCACAACCAGAGGGCCCACCUGGAGGACCUCCUGGAGCAGCACUGGAGCCCCCGAGGAGACACCUUCACUCAGCCUGAAGAAGGGUACAGCCUGGCUGGGGAGGACACAUCCCGCACUGCAGAGGCGAUUCUUUUUGCUCCACACUGGGCACAUAACUCCAGCAGGCCCCUUGGGACUAAAGACCAAACUGAGAAUCAGGAAAAUGUGGAGAGGAAGAAUGUAAGGAUCUCAGAUGGCAACAGGACUGUUUCCUCAGUGGAUAAUGUUGAUGUAAAGAACAAGCUGGUAGAAGGUGGGGAGGGGUUGCUGCUUAACAGCACGGAAGGGAAAGUUAAUGAGGAAAGGAGGGACGAAGGCACGCAAACACACAGUCCAAUAUGGCAAGACGACAAAUCCAAACUGUCAAAGAGCCACACGAGUGGUUCAUCUCACUCUGUUACUCACAAUCCUGAAGCCAAGUUCAGUCCCACUGAGGCGCCCAGCGACAGGGUCGGGACCAGGUUCCGACCGACCAAAGAACCAAAUCCAGAACCUCGAGAACAGGCGAGACGGAGAGACAAUGAGACUCCUGAGGAGAUGAGGAUAUUACAGAGUGAGGAGGAAAAACUGGAGCAGGAGAGAAAGGAGCUUCUACUUCUCCACAAGAGGCUGGACCAAGAGAAGGAGAUACUGAGACAGCAGCAGAUGAAACGUGAAGAGGAAGAACGGCAGAAAGAAAAGGAAAGGGAUAAUCAUCACCACCCGCAUGGUAAACAUCAUCAUCAUCUGCAAACAACAACACCAGCGGCAACAUCUACGACUACCACGCGGCCGCCCUCAGCUCCAGCAGGCCCCAGACCUCCAGCCCGUCCAAAGAAAAGGAUGAGAAAGAAUCGCAAACGGAUCAGCAAGGCAGCUAUGAGAGCAAUGCUAAUGUAGAGCGAAAAUAAAGCCAGGGACACAAAGUGAUCUUGGUGUAUUCGGUGGAUCAUGAGGUGAAGCUGAGUGACUCCCCUCAUUUAAGUAUUUAUUCACUUGUCAGUAACCUGCUCGUCCUGUGAGAUCUCCUCCGUAACACUACUAAUGACUGUCUGGUGAACCUGUAACUACACCUAUGUGGAGUAAGAGGAGGGUAAGAAGAAAAUGGAAUAUAAAUAAAAGGUGUCAAGAGAACGCUUGCCUCUACGACGACAGUUGCUGGUGUGAAGUAACAAUGGGACAAAUUGUGUGAAAGCACAGAACCUGUGGGGGACUGAAACUGCAUCGCUGUAGAACUGUGGACGACGGUGCAAUUUCAAAACGUUUCUUGAAACCACGUUUGAUAUCAACAGAGAGAAACUGCACUUACAUGCUGACACAACCGAGUCUACAUGGGGUUUAAAUGACAGAGAUUGUUGCUGAAAGACUUUUUUGAUAACCACAAUCAGACGGACGACAAAGUGCAUUUGGUGGAAGAAUGGACGGACAAAUGGACAUAACUCUUUUGUGUCGUUGAGCAAUCUGUUGUAUUGUAAUUGUAUAAUCCAAGAGACAAUCAUCAAUAGACUGCAACAAGUGAUGUUGACUAAAACAAGCAGUAUUUCCAUGUGUGAUUGGACUCACAUACUGAGGGAACAUAAAGCUGUUAUAGGGCCUGAUAUCAUUUAUUAGCUCUGUUAAACAGUCUCUCUUUAACCAUAUUUAAUUAUAUUUAACUCAUUGCAAACACUGGAUUUACACAGAUGUGAUUAAAGAACAAAAAGGUCAAUUGUUGCAAGUCUCACCACAGGUGUGAAGAAAAAGAUCUGACUACGAGGUGACGGCGUUACACCUGUGACCUCAUGUUGUGCUAUGUUUCCUAUUUAUUUAUCUCUGCCAUUACUGUGGAUUAACUUUUUAUACAAAUACUGCAAACAAGAUGUGGGUGAGAUGUGUAACAGUGCUUCAUGAUGGCUGGGUGGUUCAAACAGAAAGAACAAGUUUCUCACAUAAGAUCAAACCUUCUGAGUCCUCUCAGGAUCAUGCAGUUUUUAACUUCUGUGUCAGAAAAGUGUGUUUGUUUUGUUCAUCUAUGAGUGUGAUGUAGUGCUUUUCCCACACCUGCACUUCCAUCAUGCAACUCAUGUAGAAGCAUUUAACUCUUUCUCUUUGAUAAAGACAUGGCUCUCUUCCGCUGAAACAGUCACAUUCCUUUUAAACAAACCCAUACUUACAACACAUUUUUUUCUUCUUCAUGUGCCCCAAUGAAUUUGUUUUUUUUAUUAAUCUACAACAUGUUGUUUUUGACAUUUCAAUUUUAUGAAACUAAAAAGGGUCAAAACAAGUCACCAAAUGUAGUUUUUCUGUCCUUUAUAUUCCCAUUAGUAACAACGUGGUGAUGCUAUUUGUGUCCAAUAUUCCAUAAUCAGCCAAACAUCUUAAGUUAUUGAACAACACGGCUUGUUUCGUUCCUCAUGCCAACUUACAACUGUUACUGAUUUUGUCUGUUUUAUUAUGAGAUAUGAUGAAAGAAUUUUUGUGAUAACUUUGACACCUAAUGCUAUUUCCAUAUGGGUAUAAGAAGCUAAUGUGCUUAAAAUCUAUUUUGUUUUGUGUUUUUAUUCCUUUUCAUCAGUUUCUAUGGAAGCACAUUUACACCAAUAUGAUCAAAAACAGAUCCUGUAAUUCAUUA